AUGUCCCAGAAAUGUAUCAGAGAUGUCCCAGAGAUGUCCAAGAGAUGUCCAAGAGAUGUCAAAGAGAUGUCCCAGAGAUGUCCCAGAGAUGUCCCAGAGAUGUCCCAGAGAUGUCCUAGAGAUAUCCCAGAGAUGUCUCAGAGAUGUCCUAGAGAUAUCCCAGAGAUGUCCAAGAGAUGUCAAAGAGAUGUCCCAGAGAUGUCCCAGAGAUGUCCUAGAGAUAUCCCAGAGAUGUCCCAGAGAUGUCCUAGAGAUAUCCCAGAGAUGUCCCAGAGAUGUCAAAGAGAUGUCCCAGAGAUGUCCCAGAGAUGUCCCAGAGAUGUCCUAGAGAUAUCCCAGAGAUGUCCCAGAGAUGUCCUAGAGAUAUCCCAGAGAUGUCCCAGAGAUGUCUCAGAGAUGUCCCAGAAAUGUCCCAGAGAUGUCCCAGAAAUGUCCCAGAGAUGUCUCAGAGAUGUCCCAGAGAUGUCCAAGAGAUUUCCCAGAGAUGUCCCAGAGAUGUAUGAGAGAUGUCCCAGAAAUGUCCCAGAGAUGUCCAAGAGAUUUCCCAGAGAUGUCUCAGAGAUGUCCCAGAGAUGUAUGAGAGAUGUCCCAGAAAUGUCCCAGAGAUGUCUCAGAGAUGUCCCAGAGAUGUCCAAGAGAUUUCCCAGAGAUGUCCCAGAGAUGUCCCAGAGAUGUCUCAGAGAUGUCCAAGAGAUGUCCCAGAGAUGUCCCAGUGACGUACCAGAGAUGUCCCAGUCCCAAAGAUGUCUCAGAGAUGUCCAAGAGAUGUUCCAGAGAUGUCACAGAGAUGUCCCAGAGAUGUCCCACAAAUGUCUAAGAGAUGCCCCAGAGAUGUCCCGGAGAUGUCCCAAAGAUGUCCCAGAGAUACCCCAGAGAUGUCCAAGAGAUGUCCCAGAGAUGUCCAAGAGAUACCCCAGAGAUUUCAAAGAGAUGUCCCAGAGAUGUCCUAGAGAUGUCCCAGAGAUGUCCCGGUGA